CGCACCGCGGCAGAGAGCGCGGGAAUUGGCGCGCGGCGGCGCCCCGGUCGCCCUGGUGAUGGCGUCGCGCAGCCCCGCCUCGGCCGCCCUGAGGGAAGGCGGAAGGGCGCGUCGCGGCCGUCUGAGUUAAUUCUUCAGGGGCUCAUCUGAAAGUACCACAUAAAAAAGCACUGCAAAUAGUAGAAGAAAAUGUCACUUAAAAGCUCUAAGGAAAUGAGGAAAGUAAACAUUUCUAGCUCUUUUGAGUCUGAAGAUAUUAGCUUAGAAACCACAGUACCAACUGAUGAUAUUUCUUCCUCUGAAGAGAGAGAAGGUACUGUUAAAAUAACUAAGGAGCUGAUUGAACGGAAGGAGUUGCUCCAUAAUCUUCAGCUAGUUAAAAUAGAACUAUCUCAGAAAAACUUGAUGAUUGACAACCUGAAAGUAGAAUAUCUGACCAAGAUUGAAGAGCUAGAAGAGAAACUUAAUGAUGCAGUCCAUCAAAAGAAGCUGUUGUCUUUACGACUGGAUAGUCAGCUGGCAUUACAGCAAGAAGAUUCCAGAAAACAUCAGGCUCUAAUGAAACAAGAAAUGGAAACUAUUUUGUUGAGACAGAAGCAACUGGAGGAAACAAAUCGUCAGUUAAGGGAGAGGGCUGGAGAUAUCCGUCGUAGUUUGCGAGACUUGGAGUUGACAGAUGAUUGCUAUAAGCAGCUAAAGUUACUUCCUGAAGACCAGCUUUCUAUCCCUGAAUAUGUUUCUAUUCUAUUCUAUGAAGUAGUCCAUUCCUUACAAAAAGAGUUAAGUGAUCUACAGAUGAAAAAAGAGAGCCUAACAGAAGAACUACGCGGGUACAAAUCGCAACUGAAGUGUCUGACAGAGAGCUAUGAAGACGAGAGGAGAACUCGGUCAGAGCUUGAGAUAAGAUGUCAGCGUUUAACACUGGAACUGGCUGAUACAAAGCAAAUGAUUCAGCAAGGUGAUUACAGACAAGAGAACUAUGAUAAAGUAAAAUGUGAACGUGAUACAUUUGAACAUGAAUUGUCAGAACUCAGAAGAAAAUAUGAAAUAUUAGAGGUGUCACACAAAGCACAAGCUAAAGAAAGAAGUGACGUAUCAAAAGAGCUGGCAACCAUACAACAAUCCCUCAACUUGUUGCAAAAAGAUAAAGAUUAUCUUAACCGCCAGAACAUGGAGCUUAGUGUUCGCUGUGCACAUGAGGAGGAUCGCCUUGAAAGACUUCAAAUUCAGCUAGAGGAUGCCAAAAAAGCUAGGGAAGAAAUGUAUGAAAAAUAUGUUGCAUCCAGAGACCACUAUAAAACAGAAUAUGAAAAGAGACUGCAUGAAGAGUUGGAACAAAUAAGGUUGAAAACAAAUCAAGAAAUUGAGCAACUAAAAAGUGCUUCAAAAGAGAUGUAUGAACGUGAAAACAGAAAUUUGAGAGAAGCAAGAGAUAAUGCUGUUGCUGAAAAAGAAAGAGCAGUUAUUGCUGAAAAGGAUGCUUUAAGAAAACAUGAUCAACUCUUAGAACAGUAUAGACAAAUGCAGCUUGGCACAGAAAGCAAAGUAGCUGAACUUCUUCACCAAAGUAAGUUAAAAUCCUUUGAAACUGAACAUGUACAACUCAUGCAACAAGAAACAGCUAAGAAUCUUUCACAGUGCCAAAUGGAAUGUGAAAAAUACCAGAGAAAACUGGAGGUGCUUACUAAAGAAUAUUAUAGUCUUCAGUCUUCUAGUGAAACACGCAUUACUGAGCUUCAGACACAGAAUUCUGAGUUGCAAGCAAGGCUCAAUACUUACGAAAAACUUGAAAAAGAGCUUGAUGAGAUAAUACUGCAGACAGCAGAAAUGGAAGAUAAAGUUGAAGCUGAAAGGGUUCUCUUCUCAUAUGGGUAUGGCGCUAAUGUUCCUACAACUGCCAAAAGACGACUAAAGCAAAGCGUGCACUUGGCAAGGAGGUUACUGCAGCUAGAAAAGCAAAACUCGUUGCUUGUAAAAGAUCUGGAACAUCAGAAGGAACAAGUAACACAGAUUUCACAAGAGCUUGGAAGAGCAAAUUCUUUGUUGAAUCAAGUACAACAACCACACAAAUAUCUCAUUGAAACUGUGCAACAGAGAGAUUCUCAAAUAAGUCGACAGAAAGAACACAUUACACAACUUGAAAAAGAUGUCAGUCUUUUAAAUAAAGAAAAGACAGCUUUGCUGCGUGUCAAGAAUCAAAUGGCAACAGAUUUGGAGAGACUUCUAAAUCACCGUGAGAAAAUCACAGCAAGAGUCUAAGAGGGAUCCAAGUAAGAAAAUGCACAGACUUAAUAGGAACAAUACAUCAUCUUAUGUGCCCAUCAAGCUUGACUCUACUGAACACUCUGAGACAGACCACUCUAAAGACAGUUUCUUCUGAACCAACCCUUUUCCAGAAAGGGAUCACUUUCUCUCAAGAAGUAAUUAUGGGAAGUAUAAAAUUAAUUUUUUUCCUCUGAAUACUUCCAAGAAUUGGAGGAUAUUGAACACAAACUUUUAAUUCUUGAGAGACUGAGAAAUCAUUUCUGAAAUGCGCUCUUUACAAAACACUACCAAAUGGAUAUAGCAUUCACAAAUGCUAGUUUAGGUUUCUCAAAUCUGUGUUCUUUAGCAUACCCGUAACCUCUUUUUCUGAACUCUGCUUUUCCCUGUGCUGACUUGUUGUUUGAAGACUACAAUAGCUGCCUAAAUGGGAGGAUAUAUGCAUGUGAAGACAGAUGGCAUUGACUUGGUAUGAACAUGUUUUUCAUCUCAGUACUGCUGUCUUCCCUCACUUCCCUCACUUGCAUGUUCUAUUAUAGCUAUUGUUUUUAUUGCUGCUGUUAUUUCAGAAGGUAAUAUAGCCAGAAUAGUCACUAGACUGCUAAACUCUAUCCUACUAUUUGACUUUCACAUAAAGAAGAUUCCAGUCUCCGGACUUGAGGUGCACUAGGUCUCUCAUGAAGCCAUUUUUCGCCCGGUCCCCUCUAUGCAAGGGGACCUGUACAAUCAACUGUUCUUGGUCCUAAAAACAGUGCUGUAAUCUCUCAAGUUUCUCCAAACUGAAUACAUAUUUUUAUUUUGAGUUAUAAUUUAACCAUAUGGGGACCAUAUGGCAGUUAAAGUGAGGAAUACAAGCAUUCCCAAUGAGGUCCUGAACAUACAUGCUUUACUCUAACAGUACAGAAGAGUUAUAGAGUGGGGGUGGGAUAUUCUUAAUACUUGGUUCACAAAUUCUAAGAGACCUUAAGUUUUGAUCAGCAUCUCUGAGGGAGGCAAACCUCUGUUUUUAUCCCUCCUUCAGCUGAAUUUUCUGGGUGUUUUUUUUUCAGCAGAAUUGCUUUUAUUGUUUAAAGAUCAUAGUAUUUCGUGCCCUUUCUGUGUUUUCUUCCUUUUACUGGGAAUUUAUACUGUUUUCUUCUCUGGGAACACUUGUCAGUCAUCAUAACUGAGUGGUUCUGCCAGAAUCUAAAACAUUUUCUAGGACAGAAAUUUCUUGUUCAGUUCUGUUCUUCAAAAUGGAGUUCUAAUCCAAGAUGAAAUUCACAAUCAUAAAUUGUGUAUGAAGCUAAAAGUAGAAUACUAUUUGUCAUGAUAAAGGUUCUGAUAACUAUACAUGCUAUUGUUAGGGUCACUUUUGCUUUAGGGUAUUUAUCUGAGUGCAGUAACCAAGUGGUUUUACUGCAUGAGGAAGAAAUCAAAUGGUCUUGACACCCGUUGGCUUCUUCUGUGAUGAUUCUAGUGAUAUUAAAAAAAAACAUUAAAUUUACCAUCAGAAUGAAUUAUCUUCAGACCAGAACGGUAUAUGUCUCUUCUUAACUGGUCAUUUCCAGCCUUUCAGUUUGAUCUGUGUAAAGUUUCUUUUUAAGAUUAUAGUAUUAGGGAAAUUAUUUGAAGGUGCAAGACAUCCCUGCCAUAAGAACAUUAGAAUUGAUGUUUAUGUAACUGAUUCCUGUAACCCAGUUGUUUUUUUUUUCUUGAGACUGUUAUUUUGCAUCUGCUUGAAGAGUAGAUUUAUAGAUAUAUAUUAUAAUUGCUUAUAUAAAUUUACUUAAUAUAUAUAUAGACACAUAUAUAAUGUUAAGUGCCUUUGCAAGCUUUUGAGUGCAUGGACAGGAUUCUUGCUUUAAUUGUAGUUCUGUGA